AUGCAAAAAUACGAUGAUGAGAUUAACAGAAUGGCAUCUAUCUAUCUAUCUAUCUAUCUAUCUAUCUAUCUAUCUAUCUAUCUUACUUCGGCCGAAUUGAUCUGUUCAUAUCUAUCUAUCUAUCUAUCUAUCUCGUUUUAUUCAAGAUCUAUCUCUCUAUCUAUCUCUCUAUCUAUCUAUGUCUUUUCUUUCUUAGCUAUCUCAAUCUGUUUCUAUCUAUCUAUCUAUCUAUCUAUCUAUCUCAGUCUAUUUCAUAGCCAUUCAUCUAUCUAUCUAUCUAUCUAUCUUAGUCUGUUCAUAUUCAUCUAUCUAUUCAUCUAUCUAUGUCAGUCUGUUCGCAUUCAUCUAUUUAUCUAUCUAUCUAUCUAUCUAUCUAUCUAUCUGUCUGUCUAUCUAUCUAUCUUAGUCUGUUCAUAUCUAUCUAUCUAUCUAUCUAUCAUCUAUUCAUCUAUCUAUCUAUCUCAGUCUGUUCGUAUCUAUUCAUCUAUCUAUUCAUCUAUCUAUCUAUCUAUCUUAGUCUGUUCAUAUCUAUCUAUCUAUCUAUCUAUCUAUCUAUCUAUCUAUCUUAGUCUGUUCAUAUCUAUCUAUCUAUCUAUCUAUCUAUCUAUCUAUCUAUCUAUCUAUCUAUCUAUGUCAGUCUGUUCAUAUCUAUCUAUCGAUCUAUCUCAAUCUUUUCAUGAUCUAUUUAUCUAUCUUAUUUGUAGAGUAUCCGCCAUUUUUCUCACUCGUUCUUGUCAUAUUAUUCUUUUCAGUUCUUGUUAUUUUAUUUAUUCCAACUAUACGUCACGUGUUCCUUUUAAUCCUAUCUAUCUAUCUAUCUAUCUAUCUAUCUAUCUAUCUAUCUAUCUAUCUCAGUCUUUUCAUAUCUAUCUAUCUAUCUAUAUAUCUAUCUAUCUCAGUUUGUUCAAAUCUAUCUGUCUUUUCAUAUCUAUCUAUCUAUCUAUCUAUCUAUCUAUCUAUCUCAGUCUGUUAUUAUCUAUCUAUCUAUCUAUCUAUCUAUCUAUCUAUCUAUCUCAGUCUUUUCAUAUCUAUCUAUCUAUCUAUCUAUCUAUCUAUCUAUCUCAGUUUGUUCAAAUCUAUCUAUCUAUCUAUCUAUCUAUCUAUCUAUCUAUCUAUCUAUCUAUCUAUCUAUCUAUCUAUCUAUCUAUCUAUCUAUCUAUCUAUCUAUCUAUCUAUCUAUCUCAGUUAUUUUCAUAUCCAUCUAUCUACAGAUCAGAGUUCUUUUCUUUUCUAUCUAUCUAUCUAUCUAUCUAUCUAUCUAUCUAUCUAUCUCAGUCUGUUAUUAUCUAUCUCAGUCUUUUUUUAUAUCUAUCUAUCUAUCUAUCUAUCUAUCUAUCUUGCUCAUUGGGCCAUUUCUCUGCUGCCAUCCUCACCCUUGCUUCCACCGUCGUCAGCAGCAGUGAUGCGCCUUUUCCGCCACCCCCCAAAUGCGCCUCGUUCAUCGUCGUCAUGAUCACGAAGCGGCAUCACGAUGAACAUUACGGGCAAAUGAUGACGGCAGAGGCGAGUCGGGUGUACUCACCUCCAGAAGACCCCCCCCACCACCACCAACAACAACACACACAGCUCCCAUCCCGCCCAUCUCGCAUCAACCCCUCUCCCUACCACCGCCGCCGCCGCCGCCAUCAUUGCCAACGCACAACCACUGUACCCGCGACUGCAUCUGUUGGUCCGGCGAACGUUCGAUGGAUCGAUCGAUUCUCUUCAACCUCCCAGAGCCCACCGACCCUGCCACCGACCCUGCCACACAUCUGCGCGUUCUGCAAGUGCUUCUUCUGCCUUGGCUCCUCGCUAACCUACCUUCACCCGCCUCCCCCCACCGCUACCACCGUCCUCCUCCUCCUCUUCCUCCCCUGUCGUUGUAUUCCGGCACUGGCCUACUUUCCCGCCCUUACAGUUGCUAUGACAACGAAAAGUUGGCCCGUCGUCGUCGUCGUCAUUGCUAGUCCAUGCGUGCGUAUCUAUCUAUCUAUCUAUCUAUCUAUCUAUCUAUCUAUCUAUCUUCUUUUCUAA